AUGCGGAUUCAACUAAUUAUACUCAUUGUAUCGUCUUUCAAUGAAUCACAAGAAGUAAUUACGAGAGACUGUCUGAGUAAUUUUAAGCCGUUUAGGACUGACAUUCCAGCUGACACAUAUGAGGGUUGUAGACCAGCUGCUAAAGAUGUUAAUCUGGCCAAUUAUGUCAACAAUUCCAUAAAGGAAAUUGAUGUAAAAAGGGAAUGUGACGAAUCUGUCUCGGGCGUCCACUCGGCA